AUGCAAAAACCAACAGAAGUUAGACCUCUCUAUGAGUCUGUCCUUCCUGUCUAUGUAUUCAAGGACCCUUCAGUAUGCAGCAACAGUAACCAGAUCGGUGAAACAUACAACGAGGGAAAGUUAUUUACAAUUAAAAUAACAAUCUCUUGCAACUCGUCUUGCCUUCCAACAACAGUCCUUCCAGCCUCUUCUUCAACCCUUUCAUCAAUGAAAAAACAACAACCAGCAAAUUAUUCUAGUCUUAUAUUUACAUUAACCGAUGAUUCCGAUCUUUACUUCCUUUUUACAGCUCAAAUAGAUGAGAGUGCGUAUAGAAAUAUGAAAACCUCACAAAGAAUUAAGACAGACUUUUCCCAAUUUACAAGUCACCUCGAAAAUAUGUUUGAAAUGUGUCGUGGAUCUCAUUCUGACAAUAAUCAAGAUUGGUUUAUUAAAUUAAGUAUUCAUCAAGGAAAAGGAAAAGCGGUCUUGGAAAUAAUUAAUUCUGAUCCCUUCAGUGAAAGCUCGAAAUUCCAUUUGGAAUUAGUUGAAGGCUCUAAUGAACAAAAAAAAGAAUACCUUGCCAAUCAACUUAAAUAUUGGAAGCAAAUAGCAUUGGAGAGCACACAAAAAUUCGAGAAUUCUGAUUCGGAUUACAGACACAAAAUCGAACAAUUGGAAAAUGUUGUGGAUGAGCUAAAGGAAGAAAGAAAUGCUUUAUUAAUGAGUAAAGAGAAGGAGAUAACAACAUCCACCUAUAAAUUAAAAGAAGAAAUUACAAGAAUGAAAGAAAAGCACAUGGAAGAAAUUCGUUCAUUUCAAACGAAGCUCGAAACAGAGAAAAAGGAGACAGAAGAAAGAAAAGAUAUUGAAACCAAAACACUAAGCCAAAAAUUAGAAGAAUACCGAACACAGAACAAUGAAUUAAUUUCUCAAAAAUUCAGACUUGAGAAUGAUUUAAGGCAAAUAACUAGCCGAUCCUCUCAGCUUGAAAAUGAGAAAAAAUCUUACCUUGAUGAAAUUACCAAACUCAGAGAUCAAAAUAGAGAGUUGGAUUCACUUCGAUUUGAAAAUGAAAAGAAGAUUAGAGAAUUGGAGACAAGGGUCACACUAAAUGAAGAAUUAAUGAAAGAAAAAGGAAUGUCUCUCAAAACACUUGGAGAUCACUUGAAAGAGAAAGAACAGCAAGAGCUCUCAAAGUCAGAAAUAAUUGCAGAGCUUAAAUCAAAAUUGGAAUACUUGGAAAGAGAAGUUAAAGAGAAAUCAGAUGAUGUUGAGAAGUGUCAUGCCAUCAUCAAAAAGUAUGCCCAAAGAGAAAGUCACAACCAAGAAAAAGAACAAGAAAGAAAGCUUAAAAUGCAAAGUUUCCAACACGCACUCAAGAAGAAGGAAAUGGAAAAACAACAAUUAGCCAAAACUGUAGAAAAGAGAAAUUUAGCACUUCAAGAAUAUGAAGCCAAUUUGCGAUCAAUCCAGAAAAAACUUGAAGAAAAAGAUACUGAUUUGAAAGAGGCCCACAAAAAGAUAGAGCAAAACCAAUUUACGAUUGAUACUCUAAUGUCAAAGCAAAGUAGAUCUAUAACUCAAGGAUACACUGAAAGUCUAGGAUAUAGUGGUUUAAGCUCAGGGCUAAACAUUAGCUCUGGUACUUAUAAUACAGAUUAUUCCUCAAGUGAUAGAACGUUAUCUGUACAACCAGAACAAGCAUCAAAAUUAGAUAGCUUUACCAAUUAUUACAAAUCAUCUAGGGAGAGUGCAAGCACAGAAUCUGUAUCAACACCAGAAAAAUCAACAAAUUUCACAUUUUCACUCGGUGGAAAUAUUUCUCCAACAACCAACAAACCUAAAUCAUCAUCACCCACUUCAUUUAAGAAGAAUAUAGUUUCGUUUGAUACUAGUAAUAAAGAUUGGAUUCAAAAUUUAUAA